UUGUCACUGUCCUCGCCGUCACUAUCGUCACGCCGUCACUGUCCUCGCCGUCCCACCGUCCACGCCGUCACUGUCGCCUCGCCGUCACGUCCACGCCGUCACUGUCCCUCCGUCACUCACGCCGUCACUGUCCUCGCCGUCACCUCCACGCCGUCACGUCCGUCCACGCCGUCACUCACGCCGUCACGUCGUCACCGCGCCGUCACGUCCUCGCCGUCACCGUCCACGCCGUCACUCGCCGUCACUAUCGUCAACUCACGCCGUCCUCGCCGUCACCGUCACGCCGUCACUGUCGCCGUCACUGUCCACGCCGUCACUGUCCCUCGCCGGUCCUCGCCGUCACGUGUCCACGCCGUCACUGUCCCUCGCCGUCACUGUCACGUCCUCGCCGUCACUGUCCCACGCCGUCACCGUCCACGCCGUCACCGUCCUCGCCGUCACUGUCCCUCGCCGUCACUGUCCUCGCGUCACUAUCCACGCCGUCACUGUCCUCGCCGUCACCGUCCUCGCCGUCACUGUCCACGCCUCGUCCUCGCCGUCACUGUCCUCGCCGUCACUGUCCUCGCCGUCACUGUCCUCGCCGUCACUGUCCUUCGCCGUCACUGUCCACGCCGUCACUGUCCUCGCCGUCACCGUCCCACGCCGUCACUGUCCACGUCACCGUCACCGUCCACGCCGUCACCGUCCUUCGCCGUCACUGUCCCUCGCCGUCACUGUCCCACGCCGUCACUGUCCACGCCGUCAUUGCCCUGUGUCAGUCUGCGUGACGGUGGUUAAGAAGGGCGUGUCGGCGUCCCUCAAGGCUGUCACUUACCCCCGUCACAGCGUCUCUCAAGGCUCCCACUUACCCCCGUCACAGCGUCUCUCAAGGCUCCCACUUACCCCCGUCACAGCGUCUCUCAAGGCUCCCACUUACCCCCGUCACAGCGUCCCUCAAGGCUCCCACUUACCCCCGUCACAGCGUCCCUCAAGGCUCCCACUUACCCCCGUCACAGCGUCCCUCAAGGCUCCCACUUACCCCCGUCCGAUGUGCAGUAUGUUCCUGCCGGAGCUGUCGAGCUUCGUGGCCUCACUGCUGUUCGCCGUUCACCCCAUCCACACUGAGGCC